UAGGUUCAGGUUCAGUGUAACUGGAUUUAUGUUGACGUCUUUGAUCUAUUUGGACUUGAGUUUUGUGCAUGGCGAUAGAUGUGAAUCUGUUUGCAAUCUUCUACAUGUUGACAUCCAGUUAUCCUUGUCUUCCUUCAUAUGUUAAUCAUGAUGCCUCUCUUAGCACAUCCCCCUGUCCCGCUCACAAUAUUAAAUGCAUCACACUUGGCCAAAAAGGGGUUCAUGACAAAUUUGUCAUUGACAUUUUGAGUUCUUUUUAGGAAAUAAAUAAUUGAAAAUAUCUAGAAGUAGUCCUACCUCAGGCUAUUAGUCCAUUUUUUAAAAGAUGGAAACUGGUAUCUUGGCUCAUACCUGUCAUUUCACUUAGAAUGCUGAGGCAGGGUGUUUCCAUGAAGUACAGCUCAGUCAGUAGUACAUUGUAAAUCUGGGCCAGUUUAGACUACAGUGUGAUAUCCUGUGUACAAAUAAAUGAACAAAUGGAUUUAAAAGGAUAGAAUGCAGCCUUUCUGAAUGAUGAGCUCAGAAUUUGUUUUAUCUUGGUACGUUGUGGUUGGUGUGUCCAGACCAUUAGUACUCACCUGGAGUAAGGGCAUUGUCAUGACUCAACACAGGCUAAGAGUUUGAUGAUUUUACAUUCACGUAUCUAUGUAUUUAUUUGUUCUGGGUGGUGCAUGCAUUUUCACACAUGCAGCCAAUUGGGAAGUGGUUCUUUAUGCAACAGUGCACUUUUCGAGUUCAGAGUAGAAUGUGCAGGAGUUGGUACUCUAUAGAUUCCAAGAGAUUAACCUAAGUCAUUAGGUUUGGAUACAGGUACCUUGAAGCAAUCUUGCUGGCACAGGAAUUCUAAUCUCAAAUUUCUUCUUUCUUGGCAUCUAUAGACAAAGUGUUAGUAAAAAUAAAGAUUCAUUAUAGUGUUUUUACCUUAUUGAAAUACAACUUACACAAGGGAAAUUCACAAUUUUAAACUGUUUCACCAUUUACAUCACUUCAUUUUGCCAUCACUGCUGUAAUUCUAAAAGUGUAGGAUUAGGUGAGACCCUUGUCUUUAAAAACAAAAGUUUUCAGGUUGUGUUGGCACGCCACUGUGACCCCACUAUAGGCAAUGGAACCUGGACGAGAGGAGCGGAUGAAUGAUGUGGACUAUAGUCUCAUUUAAUAGCCACCUUUAGUCAUAGCCCCAGACAAUUUAAACUGAGGGAUAAGAAAGGUCACAUGAGUAAAGUUCUCAUGAGUUCAAGCUUUAUACAAUCACCAGCACAAUUCAGAUAUGAAAAACAGGUUUUCCAUAGAGGCAUAGACAUUUAAUUAAAUAACGGCAGCAAGCACAAAUAAAUGAGCAACUGAAGUAAAAGCACUCCAACCCUUAUACAGGAGGCUGGGAUAGUAUUUUGGCUUCCAAUGUGCAGCUGAAAGAGGCGUGAGUAAUCCCAGGUGUACCUCAUUGAAAUUGUCGAUGCUUGGUGAACAUCAAUCAGGUGGCUUAAAUUUAACCUCGAUGGUCUGGGGGCCCUUUCAGCUGUGAGGCAGGAGGAUCACUCCACUGCACAUUGUUUAACGAUCUGUGUAUGCUUGAGACUCUGGUUUGUGUGUGUGUGUGUGUGUGUGUGUGUGUAUGUGUGUGUGUGUGUGUAUGCCCUGGAGGAAGAAAGGGAAGUGCCUAUUGUGUGCAGUUACAGUGCAGGGACAACUUUGCAGUCCAGGUGUAAAUUCUGCUGCAAUGCCCAUCUCUGUAGGUCUGGGACAGUUUUUUUCCCCCCCUGGAGUGGAAGCCAGGGCUGGCAAGCAUUGUGUGAUGUGUCCCUUCACUGCAUUCUAUCCCUAAGAGAGCAGCUCCUGUCACUCAUUCCUCACUAACCAAUGACAGCCUCCAGAUGUACCCACCAAUUAUAAUAGGGGAGGGCACUUCCGGUCCAUCGUGAUAGCAGCUUGGAGUCCUAGGACUGAGGGAGGAUCUCUUGGUUUUUGGUUGCUGGGCUGUGAUCCCGCUGCCUGAAGCUGUGAGAACUGUCUGAGCUUGGAAUCUAUGCCAUGGUUCGAACCCGACCACUACCCUGUGCUCCAAUGCAGCAGAUGGAGAGAAAUGUGGCAGCAGCAUCAGGCUCACAGGGGUUUGAUGAAGCCCUGAAGCUUUUCUCUGUGAUGAUAUUGGAGCCUGAGCAAUGGAUGUCACCUGAUGUCAGUCUUCUAGAGCAGGCAGAUGCACUGAUCACACAGUAGUUACAGUGUCACUAUGUAACUCCAGCUGUCUUGAAACUCGCUCUGUAGAAGGGGCUGGCCUCAAACUCACAGAGAUCCACCUGCCUCUGCAUCCCAAGUGCUGGGAUUAAAGCAUGAACCAUUAGGCUCAGUUUGGAUCUCAGUUUGCCGGAGUUUUGUACUGUAGCCAAGGAUGACCCGGGACUCCCCAUGAAUACAGACAGCCCAGAAUUGCAUGAAAUUUGAAGCAGUGCCCUUUGUUUCAGCCUCCUAUGUGCUGGGAUUAAAUCCACAUACUGCUGGGUGGGUCUUUUGUUUUAAGGAUGCUAGAGAUGAACCACUGAGCCUUGCUUGGGCUAAGCAGGAGUUACAUCAAGGAUCUAGUUGUAUCCCAACCACCAGCCAUACUUUGGAUUCAGGAUGCAGUGACCUAUGAGGAUGUGCAUGUUAACUUCACUCCUGAAGAGUGGGCUUUGCUGGAUUCUUCCCAAAAGAGUCUAUACAAAGAAGUGAUGCUGGAAACCUACCGGAACCUCACUUCUAUAGGUUACAAAUGGGAAGACCUCAAUAUUGAAGAACAUUGUCAAAGUUCUAGAAGACUUAAAAGGUAUAUCAUCGGUCACUCUAGAUACAAGCCAUGUGAUCGUGAGGGAUAUGGAAAGAAACAAUGUCCAUCUGUCUCUACCAAAACAAUUAGAAGGUGUGUAACAGUCCCCACUAUAAGAAGACAAGGUGAAUGUGAGACAGGUUUGCAAUUAACUGGUUUUCCAACUGGUUCAUUUUAUACACGUAGUAUGAUUCUCAGUAAAAGAAAAUGUUAUAAACGCAAUAAGUAUGGUAAAACUCUGAGUUCUUCCAGUUCUUUUAAAAGACAUGAAAAUACUCAUAUGGGAAAAGGAAGUGAUAAAUUUGGGCUACGUAUGAAAGGCUUUAACCAUCACAGGCAUCUUCAAACACACAAAACAACCAAUAAUGAAGGGGAUCGUAAUGAAUGUGAUAAAGCCUUCAGAUCUGAUUCGUCUUUACAAUUACAACAAAGAACUCAUUUGCAAACAAAAUCCCAUGAAUCUAAUGAAAGGGAUAAAGACUCUGUAUCUCAUAGUCCUCAUCAAAUAUCCAGAACUCAUUCUAAAGAGAAAAGACAUGGACAUCAUCAACAUGGUAAAGCCCGUCCUGGCCAUCUUCAAAGAGAUGAAAGAGUUCAUACUGGAGAGAAACCCUUUGAAUGUAAUCAAUGUGGUAAAGCCUAUGCAUAUAAAAGUCAUCUUCACAGGCAUAAAAGAAGUCAUUCAGGAGAGAAACCAUAUCGAUGUAAACAAUGUGGUAAAGCCUUUGCACGUAACUGUCAUCUUCAAAUGCAUGAACGAACUCAUACAGGAGAGAAACCAUAUCGAUGUAAGCAAUGUGGUAAAGCCUUUGCACGUAACUGUCAUCUUCAAAUGCAUGAACGAACUCAUACGGGAGAGAAACCAUAUCGAUGUAAGCAAUGUGGUAAAACCUUUACACGUAACAGUCAUCUUCACAGGCAUGAAAGAGGUCAUACUGGAGAGAAACCAUAUCGAUGUAAGCAAUGUGGUAAAGCCUUUGGACGUAACAGUAAUUGUCAAAGCCAUGAAAGAAAUCAUGCUAAAGAGAAACCUUAUGAGUGUAAUCAAUGUGAUAAAGCCAUUGGACAGAACAGUCAUUUUCAUAGUCAUGAAAAAAGUCUUACUGGACAAAAUUCCCAUGAAUCUAAUCAGUGUGAUAAAGCCUUUGCAAAGAACAAUCAUCUUUUAAGUCAUGAAGUAAAUAUUUCUGAAGAGAAACCCUAUGGAUGUAGUCAAUGUGGUAAAGCUUUUGGACGUAGCAGUAAUCUUCAAAGGCAUGAAAGAAGUCAUACUGGAGAGAAACCUUAUAAAUGUAAACAAUGUGGUAAAGCCUUUGCACAGAACAGUCAUCUUCACAGGCAUGAAAUAAGUCACACUGGAGAGAAACCCUAUGAAUGUAAAAAAUGUUGUAAAUCAUUUACACGAAAAAGUGAUCUUCACAGGCAUGAAAGAGGGCAUACUAGAGAGAAACCCAAUUAAUGUAAUUAAUGUGGUAAAGCCUUUGCAUGUAAAAGUAAUCUUCAAAUGCAUGACAGAAGUCAUACUGUAGAGAAACCCAAUGGAUGGAAACAAUGUGGUAGAGACUUUGCAUGUUGCAGCAACUUAGAAAGCAUGACAGAAUUUACAAUUGUGAAAAACCCCAUGAUGCUAAUAAAUGAGGUAAAGUCUUACACUCCACAUAUAUUUUCCCCACUGAGCUAUCAUACUGGUCCUUGAUUAAGAUUAGUAGAAGCACAACAUCUUAAAAUAUUGUCUCUUUUUCAAAUUAUAAACAUAGUGUCAUCCAAGAAUAUAGGAAUGUAGGACAGUUUAAAUAAUAAGACCUAUUUACAAAUGAAAAUGGUAUUCAUGUUUUCAUCCUUUUUUUAUGGUAAUUUAUUCUGAGGACUAAAAUACUUGUUCCUAACACUUUCUCAGAAACACAAAUGAAUGGCAGAGAAUUGUCUCAGUGGCUAAAGGUAGUUACUGCUAAGCUUGAUUUCAUUCUCUGGGAAAACAAUAUUCCUCAUAGAAGUUUUUUUUUUUUAAUACUACACUUGGAUUAUGGCAUACAUCUACACCAGCACAUGCAUAAAAAAUGUUUGAUAAUGCAAUGAUUAGGACACCAGCUUAGGAGACUAGCUUGGUAUGAUCUCUAGUACUCACACAGAAGAACUAGAGAACAAACAUCUGUAAAUUGUGCUCUGACUGGUAAUAUGCACAUCAUGACACAAGUAUAUACACACAGUUAAAAUUUUUUAAAUAGAUAAAAUUAAAGAAGAAAAAACUCAACCAAAAUGUUGAGAACAUAGUUGAAGUUAAUACAUUGCAAAAAUUUUAAGAAGUAUUAUUGCUCAUGAAAAUAAUGAUGGUUCCUAUUUAACUCUUAUCCUUUCAUUGGCUGAUUCAAAGAUGGAUAAUAUUUAAAACAUCUCUCUGCUGGGCAGAGUGGUGCACACUUGUAAUCCAGUUCUUGGGAGACAGAGGCAGGUGGAUUUCUCUGAGUUUGAGGGUGGCCUUGUCCACAUAGUGAGUUUCAGGAUGCCUAUAUCUAUGUAGAGACACCCUUUCUCAAAAACUAAAAAGGGGGUCUAGAAAGAUGGCUUAGUGGUUAAGGGCACUGGUUGCUCUUCCAGAGGUCCCAGGUUCAAUUCCUAUAACUCAUGGAAGCUCACAACUGUAACUCCAGUUCCAAUGAUCAACGCCCUCACAGAGACACAAAUGUAGGCAAAACAUCUUUGCACAUGAAAAAAAAGUGAUCAACUUUAAAAACCAUAUAUCACAUUAUUAAAGUUUCUCUAACAUAAUGUGGACUCUACUAAAUUAUUCCUUGUGUUAACAAUGACAAUGAGAAGCAAUGUAUAGAGUCCAUUCACAGAGGUAUAGAAAUCCAUUCAAUUCUUCAUUCACCUUGUAGCAGGGACUUCCAUCAUGCUAGUAAUAAAAGACAGAAGGAGUAAUGGGGCAUCUUCAAUUUUUGCAUUAUACUAGCAUCUUUGGGAGCUGUAGAUUUGAGUCAGUAGUACAGCUGUCAUUCAGUACCUAAGUUUAGUUCCUAGUACCCACUUCAGUGGUGCAAAAAUACCUGUAAAUCUUAGUCUAGGAUGUUUGAUGUACUUUUCUGUCUUCUUGGAACCAGAUAUGCUAAUGAUGUAAAUGUGUAUAUACAUUAUAUAUUUAUAUAAAAUCAUGUAUAUGUGUAUGUAUGUAUUUAUAUGUUUGUAUGUGUUGCAACUCCAUAUUUAAAAAAAGGAUUUUUUCGUGUAUGUGUUAUUUUUUAAUUAAAAUAAAAUUAAUUUUUGUGUGCAUUGUCAGAAUAUUGUCCUGGAAUGGAGUCAUAUGAGGAGAAUUUUGAAUACUUGGACAUGCCAAGCAAUGAAAUCAAGAGUCAUGUGACCUCAGUUUCUUCAAAACACAGAAUUAUUCUUGGAAUGUGGUUUUGUGCCCCUCCUAAUAUAGCAAAAAGAAGUGAGAGGUUACUUCAUAUUACUUUUUUUUUUUUAACAAUCUAUUUUCGAGACAGGGUUUCUCUGUGUAGCUUUGUGCCUUUCCUGGGACUCACUUGGUAGCCAAGGCUGGCCUUGAACUCACAAUGGCUCUGCCUCCCAAGUGCUGGGAUUAAAGGCGUGCGCCACCACCACCCGGCUCAUAUUACUUCUUAUUGCUUGCUGUUUUUAUUCCUUUAAAUGUUAAGCUAGCCUUUGUAUGGCUGUAUGGAACAUUUUUUUCUCCCAUGUGGCUUGUUUUUGUGAUUGUAUACAGCUUGAACUCAUGAGAACUUUACUUUUGUGACUUUACUUAACUCAUAGAGUAUAAAUUAUCUGGAGCUCUCAAAGAACUGGCUAUUGCAUGAGACUUUAGUCUGACUCAAUAUGAAUCAAUAUAAACUUUAUGAUCACACUUUUGAGUUCAUCAAAGAGGAAAAAAAGGCAAUUUUUCCUUUUCAGGCAAAGUUGAAAGUAAAAAUGGAAUCACCAACAUCUAUGUAGGUUAUAGCUUCAUCACCUUUCUUAUUGAAACCUCCUUUAGAUACAUAUCCUCCAUUUUCUGAAAAAGACCAUGAAGCAUUGGGUGAGUAAUUUGCUAAUCAACCUAAUUUUGAAUUAUAUUUGGAUGAGGUAUUAGGAGAGCCUAUUCUAAGUGCCCACACUUACUUAUCUGGCCAAGAUUCCCUAAUAUGACUAUGAGGAAUCAAAUCAUGUUGGUUGGAGUGGUCACAGCAAGACUGAGGCUGUGACAAUUUUAUUGACAUUCAGAUUUUUUAUAAUUUUAUCAGAAACAGAAUAUAAUGACAAUGGCCAGCACCAGUACAGUUGUAGUUUGCAGGAUACAAUUACAUUUGCAAGAUAUACAGGAUAAAUAAGAUUAAUGUCUAAGACCAAUUGUCCUGUCCAGCUUCCAUGUUUCCUUGACUUCUGGGGGGACAUAUGGAGAAACACAAAGCAGCUUGAAUGCUUCACUGCCUGAGGGAGUGUGUCUGUCUCUCAGGAAAUGGAAGGCACAUUGUGCCCUAGAAGCCAAUAUUUUGAAAAAAAAACAAAACAAAAACAAAAACAAAACAACAACUAUGACUCAAGGCAGCUAGGUCAGGCCAAGUUCAUGAUUCUGCCACAGCCUGUGAAAAAGCUAACUUCCUGGGCCCUGUUAUUUAUGCCCAUGUCAUGAGACUCCCAGAGACCACUAGGAGUCUGAGUUCAUAUGUAAAAGCAAAGAGCCUUUAUCGCAAGCUUGCGCUUGUGCCAUCUGUCCCUUCUGACAUAGCAGUUGGAUGGGGAGAACAUCCAGCUCAUUUGAGGCAGAGGUUUUAAAGAAUAAAGGAUGGGGGGGGGGGAGUAGAACAAUUCCAGAUUCAAAUGGGGGUUGAAAUCCUGAUUGGUCAGGAGUGGGACAACAAAAGUCUUGUCAAAUAGGGAUUGGUACUAGUGUUGCUAUAAGUAAAAUGGCAACCUAUAUACAGGUUAUGUAAGCUAUCCUUAAUGUUCUAGAACAUUUAGUACUUGUUUGUCUCAGUUCUGAUGGGUCCCCCAUAGGGUACAGUUUUUGGCUUUUCCUGAUUAGUGUAAUGAAAAUAACUAUGUUAUAUUUGUUUCUUAAAAGUCAAUGUCUAGUACCUUGUAACCACAAAUGGCAACCAUCUAAAAUAUUUUAGCUAGUAUAAAAAGACUUUUUCACUUGGUAACCUCAGUGGCCAGCUGUUUCCUUCCCAACCUUCCCAGAGGGGUGGUGCUCUUUCAAUAUAGAAUUGAUACCCUGUAACUUAUCUGUUCCCUGGACACUGGAAGGAGAAGGUGGAUAGAAGACUUUGAUAACAUUGUGAUGUAAUCUUGAAAGUUCUUGGGAAUCCAUUGUGUAAAGCCCAUGCUUUUCAUACCUUGCUGCACAUAAUAGUUUCAUUGUUAGAAGGAUAAAUAAAAGAGGUCCUCUCUUAGACAAAUAAAGAGUGUGUAAUCAACACA